UUUCGCAAUUUCAUAACUAUCAUGCUGUUUGGUGCUGUUGGUACUCUCAUAUCCUUUGGCAUAAUUUCCUUAGGUGCUAUACACUUCUUUCAGAAAAUGAAUGUGGGCACCCUCAAGUUGGGAGAUUAUCUUGCAAUCGGAGCAAUAUUUUCUGCAACAGACUCCGUUUGCACCUUGCAGGUGCUUAAUCAAGAUGAGACACCAUUGUUAUACAGCUUGGUCUUUGGUGAAGGUGUUGUAAAUGAUGCCACUUCAGUGGUGCUUUUUAACGCAAUCCAGAACUUCGAUCUCUCUCAUAUCAAUUCAGGCGUCGCUUUGGAGUUAAUCGGAAACUUUUUGUAUUUAUUUGUUGCGAGUACAUUGCUAGGAGUAGUAGCUGGACUACUCAGUGCAUAUAUUAUUAAAAAGCUCUACUUCGGCAGACACUCCACUGAUCGCGAGGUUGCUCUUAUGAUACUCAUGGCUUACCUAUCAUAUAUGCUAGCUGAACUAUUUUACUUAAGCGCCAUACUCACUGUAUUCUUUUGUGGAAUUGUUAUGUCUCAUUAUACAUGGCAUAAUGUCACCGAAAGUUCAAGAGUGACAACCAAACAUGCUUUUGCCACUUUAUCAUUUGUCGCGGAGAUUUUUAUUUUUCUUUAUGUUGGCAUGGAUGCAUUGGAUAUUGAGAAGUGGAAAAUUGUAAGCGGCAGUCCCGGAACAUCGAUUGGUGUGAGCUCAAUAAUUUUGGGACUUGUUCUUGUUGGAAGAGCAGCCUUUGUUUUCCCCUUAUCUUUCUUGUCCAACCUGACUAAAAACUCUCCAUACGAGAAAGUCGACUUAAAGCAACAAAUUACAAUUUGGUGGGCGGGUCUUAUGCGCGGUGCUGUUUCCGUCGCACUAGCCUAUAAUCAGUUUACUAGAUUGGGGCAUACGCAUUUGCAAGGGAAUGCAGUCAUGAUCACCAGUACCAUCACAGUUGUUCUCUUCAGCACAGUGGUGUUUGGAUUGAUGACAAAACCAAUUGUGAGGAUCUUUCUACCUUCCUCAAAACAAAUCAACACGUUGUCCUCCGAACCCUCCACUCCGAAAUCCCUCACGACGCCACUACUCGGUAACGGUCAGGAGGACACUGAGGCCAAUGCUAGUUUCAACAAUGUAACACGUCCAACCAGUCUGAGGAUGCUUCUAAGCAUCCCAUCUCACACUGUCCACCACUAUUGGCGAAAAUUCGACGACGGAUUCAUGAGACCGGUCUUCGGCGGUCGGGGUUUUGUUCCCUUUGUUCCAGGCUCUCCCACUGAGUAAGGUGUACAACCGUUGACAACAUGAAGAAACAUCAAAGCCAAAGUUCUUUUUGAAAAUUAUUGAACGUUUUUGUUCAUUGUGACAAGAUAAUCAUAUUUACAAAAGAAAGCACUAAUUUAGGGAGUUAUAGUGUGGCUUGAAAUUGGGAUUCAAGAGUUUUGGUUUGUGUAUAGGAGAAGAUGUUAAUUAUAAUCUGGGGGUGGUGACGACGGUUUUAUUCAACGGAGGCUGCUUUGUUUGGAGUGAUGAUUUUUUUUUUUUUUUUGGGUGUAUACAUAGGUUUG